UGCGCGGCCGGAGCUGUCUCAGCCGCCGGCCCCAUCGGGCCGGGCCGGGCGGUGCCAUGAAGGGGAAGGAGGAGCGGGAGGGCUGCGCGGCGGGGCCCGGGGCGGCGGGGCCGGGCGCGGGGGGCGCGGGGGGCGGCGGCAGCCCCGAGAAGAGCCACAGCGCGCAGGAGCACAAGGAGCAGGGGAACCGGCUCUUCGGAGGACGCAAGUACCCCGAGGCCGCCGCCUGCUACGGCCGCGCCAUCAACCGAAACCCCUUGGUGGCUGUGUACUACACGAACCGAGCCCUCUGCUACCUGAAGAUGCAGCAGCACGACAAGGCGCUGGCAGACUGCAAGCGAGCCCUGGAGCUCGACGGACAGUCGGUGAAGGCUCACUUCUUCCUGGGCCAGUGCCAGAUGGAGAUGGAAAACUAUGACGAGGCCAUCGCCAACCUGCAGCGAGCCUACAACCUCGCCAAGGAGCAGCGGCUGAAUUUUGGGGAUGACAUCCCCAGUGCACUGCGCAUCGCCAAGAAGAAGCGUUGGAACAGCAUCGAGGAGAAGCGGAUCAACCAGGAGAACGAGCUGCAUUCCUACCUGACCAAGCUGAUCAUGGCGGAGAAGGAGAGGGAGCUGGCUGAGUGCAGGAAGACUCAGCAGGAAGAGAACGCCGACGAGAGCCGGAGCCGCGUUCAGCUGGCCAGCAUCGAGGCCAAACAUGACAAAUACCUGGCAGACAUGGACGAGCUCUUCUCUCAAGUGGAUGAGAAGAGGAAGAAGCGAGACAUCCCUGACUACCUGUGCGGCAAGAUCAGUUUUGAGCUGAUGCGGGAGCCGUGCAUCACACCCAGCGGCAUCACCUACGACAGGAAGGACAUCGAGGAGCAUCUCCAGCGCGUGGGGCACUUCGAUCCGGUGACAAGGAGUCCCCUGACCCAGGACCAGCUGAUCCCCAACCUCGCCAUGAAGGAGGUGAUCGACGCCUUCAUCUCGGAGAACGGCUGGGUGGAGGAUUACUGAGGGGCCGUGGUCCCGUGCCUGGCACCAGGCCUUAACUUGCUCUCUGGCUCUUCCCCCUCCACUCUGGGUACCCAGAGGCCUGGCGGUGGCUGGGUGAGGGCACACUGUCACCACCUCCCCUUCCUGAGGAGCCGCAGCGGCUGGCUGGGAGCGAAGGUUCCCCAGGCUCCCCUCUCCACCAGCUUUUGUUGACUAUGGAGAAGGCUGGCUCAUCGCAGCGGCCUGGAAGGUCUCACCAUCAUCUUCAUCGCCCAGAGAGCAGCGUCCCCCUCAGCUCCGGCAGCUGACAAUCCCCAAAGAUCCCAUCCUGCUCCAGGGAGGUGCUGUGAGGAGCCUGCCGGGGUGAGCACCUGCUGUUGGUUUGGCCCCCUUCCUCCCCAUGUACAUAGUUGUUUCCUUCUCCUGCCUGGCCAGGGUUGAGUCCUGCUCUUCCCUGGAAACAGCCACUUGUGAGAGUGGCAAGGGAUUUGCCUUGGCUUUUCCUGGGAAACAAGACCCCUCGGGCUGGAUGGGGCUGGCUCAUGUGUCCCCUCAGCCCGCUGGGACCGUGGUUCCCUGCAGACAACCACCCGAGUUAAAAAAUUAUUCUUCCUUCUACUGAAGUCCCUUUGACAAAGACCAGAAUCCCACCAGACCUGCACCCGACCCAGGCUCCGGGUGUUCGGGUGGCUGCCGGGCUUCCGAGCACCUCUGGAAGGGGCAACUUCAGAAACACAUAUAUGAAAAUAAAAUUACUUCAGCAAUAAAUGUGGAAAAUCCAAA